AUGGCACGAGCGGAGUCUCAUACGUCCACAGGCUCAUAUACGCCCACGCUCGACGAUGCGUGGCCGCAUACGCGCUUGGUAUGGGACGGUUCUGUGGUACAGUGGUGGCAUGGUACGACACUGCGUCACACAUAUACAUUUGCCGAGCAUGUACGCGACGCCUGCACGGCGUGGAUGCACGUAUCGGAGGAGCAAUGUGAACCGGCUCUAUGCAUUGCCUUGGAGCGCAUGAUGUAUAUUCACUGUCCACGUCUCGGCGAUACGUAUACGCUCCCCCUUUACUUUUGUGCGGCGCGUUUGUUCCCUUUGCAAACCGGCCUGCUGGUUGUCCGUCAUCCACAAGCGCACGAUGGUGCAGCGGCUCUACCUCUUGCGUUCUAUCUUCGCAGCGUUCUGGAUGACUGGGCUGCGUGGACAUGUGUCGAGACGAUUGUUCACAACGACACACGUCCUGUUCUGCAGGGCGCACCCCAGCCCUUCCCUGCGGCGGACGAGUACGUGGUGUAUGCAAACACAGGCCGCGAUGCUACACCGACCAUCCUUGUCACGGCCAAUGGUCGUACACACAAAGUACGUAUCUACCACUAUGUCUGUGCUUCGACACCCAUGUCGUCGUCGUACCCUACCGCCCCCUCUCUCUCCUCUCGACCCUCUGACAUCGAUGCACGUCCUCGUAAAAUGGCACGGAGAUCUAGUGCGCGCUAUGCUAGGCGCUCUAGCCGUAUCAGCGAGAUGGGCGUGCAUCGGCGGAUGUCUGAUAUGGGGCCAGGCGACUCGGUACGACUCGAUGCGAUGUCCACCCGCUCACGACCUGCCUCUGCCUCGUCCGUGUCCUCGGCACCCAUGGCCACCGCCGUUGACUUGGCACGACGUGUGACGACCCCUCUGUACGAGAGCAUGAGUGGCGGUGCUCCUACCAGCGCAUGCCAUCCUCUCCUUGCGCACUUGGCUCGCGCAUAUGCCAGUACGGCUUUGUACGAUGAAAUUACGGUGCCUAUACUUACAACGCAGGCGGAGGCUUGGCGUGUUCACGCAUUUAUGUGGCGCUCUCACCUGUAUGUGCACAUUCCCUGGGCUAGUCAGGUCUAUAUUCGCUCCAUGCCUUCAUCCCAACGUGCGUUCUCUACAAGUAUGGAGGCGCAAGCUCUAGUGCGUGUAUCACUGGUAACGCCCGACGACGCCAUGGUCAUUCUGGAUCCUAAGGGCGCUGUAUACCUUGUAGGCAUGGCCCCCGGCCCGACUACGCCGCGCGUCUGCCUGGCUUCUCACGGUGUUACUCACCUUCGAUACGAACAUCAGCGACUGUAUAUGCAACAAGGCGAGUCAUGGGUAUCACGCUCUAUGGAUGCCCGACCUUCCUGCCGCCUUACAUCGCGCAUCAUCGAAGCCCUUUGCCUAGCGCUCCCACCCGAUCAAGCCGCUACAUACUUGUGCCGAUGGUUCGAGAACGGCACAUAUUCGUGGGAAGGCCUCACGCAAUUGCUAGGAUGCGCUGAUGAUACCCCAAUGCACGACCCACACGGCGCGAAGAUCCUAGCAUCCCUGGGCCUGUGUGAGCCUACCACGACGCGCCUCACGCCUUUGCCCUCCAGUGCCUCGCAUGACGACGCGUCGCUCGCCAUGCUCUUCCAUGCACUGCUAUGUGAUCUGUGUGUGCACGUGACAUCACGACGUACAGAGGCGCCCAGGUUGGUGGCCUUGCAAGGUGCUAUCCUUACGCGCUUGGGCUGGACGGCCUGGAUCGAGGCGUAUGCACGCACAUGGCCAAGGCAUAUCACGCCAUCCGCCUCGCCGCCGCAUGGCCCACCUGCCCCGCCUGACCCUUACGAGCUGCUGCAACAGCAGCAAACGUCGACAGAGCCUGUCGCACCCUUGCAUACGCAGCUGACCACGUUGGUGGAUCGUACGCCGUUGACGUCCUUGGAACGAAUUUGUCCUACAUGGACCGUCCUUUGGGCCUUGUACAUGACGUUGUCCACAGCUACAUCCGCGCGGGAUGUAGUCGAAGCAAUGCUGGCGCACCACGUCGAUCUUGCGCAGUUAGCUCACUGGCCUGCUGGCCUAGCGCUGCCAUUGGAAGAAGCAUUACGCACAUGCCAACAAGCUCCACCUCGCGACUGGUCCUCGGAUGCGUACCGCCUCGUUCGUCGCGCGGAUGCGUGUGCCGCUGUGACAGGCACACCACCUGCACGCGUACCUGCCAUGGUCCAACGUACAUUGCCACCUGGCCUUGAUCCUCUUAGUGCUCAACUGUUCCGUGAAGACUACCGUCUCGGGGAUGUGGCACGUAUGCUCUCUACAACACAGGUUCACGUCGCGCGGUUGUCGCCUGACGAUGCUCAUGAGCGUGGGCCUCUUCUCGCUCAGAAAGUUUCUGAGCGAACCAUGGCGCAGUGCAUUGGACGUGGCAUGUUCCGCUAUGCGUCGCAUAAGCUGCGCAUGACAGGCACAUGGCGAACCCCGCGCUUGUGCUUGCGUCUACGUACGUUCCCAGAUGGCGCGAUGUACGAGGAUAUGCAUGAGACGCAUAUCCUUGCCUGGCCCGAGUUUCAUAAUGGCGUGGCGUCUGCGUUGGAAAUCGGCGCGACUCCUCUGGACUCCAGCUGGAUUUUUGCACAAGCAGGCACAUCUGCCGUGCAUCGUGCACGCCAUGCUGGUUUCCUCCUGGGUCUAGGCUUGCAAGGGCACUUGCGUGGCUUGGGCCGUGUCCAUGCGUAUCGCUACUUGGCGCCACGACAUACCUUGACGACCAUUGGACUCGUACUUGGUUUGGCCUCGUCGCUUCUAGGUACUGGCGAUGCGGCCGCGCGUCAGGUCAUGGCCGUCCAAGUCGCUGCCUUCCUCCCACCAGGCAGUGUUCCUUUGCACAUGGCCAUUGUGACGCAGGCGGCAGGCUUACUCGGUAUGGGGCUGGUCUUUUGCAAUACGGAUCACCGGUGGACCGCAGCUAAGCUUGCAACACAGCUGGAUGCGCGUCUAGAUACCACCGACACACACGAAACACAUCAUGAUGUGUAUGCGCACUGUGCUGGUCUGGGCCUGGGCCUGGUCUUGCUGGGCCGAGCUCGUCGCGUCGGGAUGAGCAGCGCGGCCGAUGUCGCCCUAGUCGCUCAAUUGUGCCGACAUCUUACAGCCAGUGAUGAAGCGCCGCCUUUGGUCGCUGCGCGGCGUGCGCAUGCCGCGUGCCUGGCGUUGGCCCUGAUUUUCCUACGCAGUCAGCGUCGCGACGUGUUGGAGGCGCUAGCACCGCCUACGCCUAGUGCUUUGGUAUAUAUACGCCCUGAUCUGUUGCUUGUUCGUGCCCUGGCCCGUGCCCUUAUUGCAUGGGAUGCACAGCCCGACAAGGCGUGGCUCGAGCAAGCGUGUCCGUGGCUCAUCGAUCCCGCCAAGAUGGAUACGUCCCAACGAUUGGCGUUCUACAAUAUUCGUGCAGGUGCCUGCCUUGCACUAGGCUUGCAAUUCGCCGGCACUGGUGAUGUCCGUGCGCGUGAUUUGCUCUUGACACAAUGUUCGUGGCCGCCACCUACCGGCACGACAUUUGAAGCACGCUUGGAAUCGGCCGCAUAUGCUACGCUCAUGGACCAAGUCCAUGUCGCGAUGGCCUGUGUCAUGGCAGGCACGGGCGAUGUGGAUGUUUUGCGUGUGCUGCGUACGGCACAUGGCACGCUGGAUGCUCCGUACAGCAGUCAGGUGGCUACGCAUAUGGCUCUUGGCCUACUGUUUGUCGGUGGAGGCCGAUUUAGUGUUGCUCGUACUGAUCGUGCGAUUGCCGCGUUGCUUAUUGCCUGCGUCCCACGCUUCCCUGCCUCACCUGAUGAUACCCAUGCGUGUUUGCAAGCGGCUCGGCAUUUGUGGGUCCUGGCGCUGACACCGCGCGUGCUGGCAGCGCGCGACGUGACGUCGGGCGAGGCAUGCGUGGUGCCUGUGUCUGUGCGCACACAAAUGGAAGCUUCGGCGAAGCGCAUGACUCCUUGUUUGCUGCCACCGGAUGUCACUGAGGCACAGGCCAUUAGUCGCCGGUACUGGCCAGCUACCUGUGCAUUGCCGACCGAGCCCACAUCGACCAUUUAUUGGAUGCACGUACAGCGACGAACAGGAUUCUUGUCGUACACUGACGACCCGCAUGGGCACCGCAGCAUCUUUGCACGUACAUCGCAGCGCACAGUCCCGCGUAUUGAUCAGUCUAUUGUGCACGAAGCAAGCCGACUUCGUCAUGACGUUGCGACGUUGGUGCGCGGCUUCCCGACGGCGCCUGAUGCGCAAGGCUUUGUAUCGUACCUUUGUCAGUCGACGACCACCCACUUUGGUGCUUACUGUACUGCGGCGUUGCUGGACAGUCUCUUACGCGAUGCGCCUAUGCUCACCCGCUUCUACCUCGCAUUGUGGUCUGGAUGGGCGGAUGCGCACGCCUCUGAUGCUAUUCUUGCUAUUCGCGAUGUACAGCAUAUCCAGCAAUGGUACGGCUCCCAGACCGACCACAUGGUUCGUGGCUCACGCGAGCGGUUGGUGCCGCACGAUGUGGUGGACAGCGUUUUAUGGGCAUGGGAACGUGCGUUGCCCUCUGUUCAAGCCGACACACAGGCGUAUGUGCGAGGCGAGCGUGUCGACUUGACGCAGGUAGCCUGGGCCCUUCAAGUCUUACAUACCCCCAAAGCGGCUGACAUGGCUGUCUUGCGGACUCGAUUCUGUGAGACGCCUCGUACACUCGCGGAAUCUGUUCUGCGCCAUGUACUGCGCCAUGAAUGGCUAGCCCAGCAGUGCAGUAUCGCGUGGACAUCUGUAUGA